CAGUAGUAUUAACAGGAAGUGGUCGUCCAUUUCUCGUGAGAGAAAAAAAAAGAUCGAAGCACUAAAAUAUUUCCUGAUAUUCUGAUACUUUAGAAAAGAAAAUACCGUCUAGCAAUAACUCUGCCUGAAAUGGCUAUGAAGUAAACCAAGAGGGAUGCAUUUAUGUGCAUCUGUGUCACGGAGGAGCUCUAAAUUAGGGCAUAUGGUAAGAGUAAAAGUUGUGUGUGUUAACUCUGAUGGGGAACUGCCUGUCAUGUUGUGAGGCUGAUAGCCACCAGGGUUCUACCUUAACACCUGGUACACAACCUCUGCAACAGGUUCAAAGGUCUCGUGGCUUAGUUCAGUAUCCAGCCACAGAGUUUAAAGAACUCAAAAGACCUGUCAGCACUGAAAACCAAAACCAGAGUCGUGUCUUGGCGCCACCGACUGAGAAAAAAAUGUUUCCACAGUAUACAAAAAUCCCUCCAUUGAAAAAACAAGGUAAUGGUGAAACCAAAAGACUUUCCUUUGUGUCUAAAGAUAUUUCAGAGGCAAAGAUACUUCAACUGUACGAACAGUAUAAAGAUCCGGUCGAAGAAUUGAUUUUAGCAGAAGGUAUUGAACAUUUCUGUCAAGAUCUGGAAGUAAAACCAGAAGAAUUUAUUGUUUUAUUAAUUGCAUGGAAUUUUAAAGCUGAAACAAUGUGUAAAUUUACCAAAGACGAAUUUGUAAACGGUUGUAAGAAUCUCAAAGUUGACUCCAUAAAAAGCAUACGCUCUAAGUUUCCAGAAUUGGAGGCUGAGAUGCAGAAUAAACAAUCCUUUAAGCAUUUGUAUAAAUGGACGUAUAAAUUUUGUUUGGAUAAUGACAGUGGUCAAAGGACGUUACCCGUAGAUGUGGCUAUUAGUCUGUGGAAAUUAGUAUUUACCGGUAGUGAACCAACAUUAUUAGAAGAUUGGCUAGAAUUCCUGGAAAAACAUCCCACUAUUAAAGGCAUUCCAAAAGACACAUGGGAUAUGUUUCUUAAUUUUGUAGAACAAGUCGGAGAUGAUUUAAGUACUUACGAUGAUACAGAAGCAUGGCCGAGUCUCUUGGAUGACUUUGUGGAACACGAGAAUGAUAAAAAGAAUCAAAAUGUGAAAACUGAUUGACGUGUUUUUUCUAAAUUAUCUGUGUGCUCAUACAUAAAAUUGUGCUCUGUUGUUUUUUGGAAUGAUCAUAGUACAUAUAUAAAGUUGGAAGGAAAAAAUGGUAAAAGGAUAAGUUCGCUCACAGUUAUACAUUUUCAGCGGUUGUAAUCUAGAGAAGGAAAGAGCUUAAAUUGUGUACAUGUAUACACUCAACAUUUUGGAACUAGCUAACAUAUUGUACAAUUUUAUUUCAAUAAGGGUCUUUAGCAGUGGGAAAAUAGUGGAGGACCCAGAGAAAACCCACAUGAUUCUGGUUGGGCAGGCAAACCUACUCCUUGUCACGCCCCUUGACUGAAUGACAGACCUUAUGAUCUAACGUGUACAUGUUAGACCAAUGUUCCAUGUUCCCUGUUUUAUCUUAAAGAAAAACAACAGGGUAAUAUUCAUUAUUUGUCACUCUUUCUGAAGACUGAAUGGGUCUGUUAAAUAGAGUUAUCCCCCUUUAUUGCAAUCCUAGAUGUACAUGUCACAAUCAGUGACUGGUCAUUUUGUAAUAAUAUAUAUAUUAUUAGUCCCACACAUUAAGUAUAAUGAUGAUUGUUUGUUUCAUUACAAACUAGUCAUAGCCCUGUAUUCAUUUUUUUAGAAAACCUGUGACACUGUUGUUAUUAUAAAGAACAUAGCUAAUGACUCAAAGUCACCUACUUGUGAAGGUAUAAAAGUAUAGUAUUAAUCAUUCAUAUUAAUCAUAUAUCCUUUGUACUUUAAUAUCUUAAACAAUUCUUUUCUUUCUCAAUGACAAAUAUAAAAAAAACAAGCUUAUCCUUGCAUUGUAAUGUUACACAUGAAGAAAGCUCUCCUGUGUGUGUGUGUGUGUGUUUGUCUUUAUUUUUGUUUGCUUGAAGGGAAACAACACUCUUUUUUGAUAUUUUAUAAAAUUAAUUCAGUUGGAAAUUCUCUACAUCAUAAGAUAAAUUGACAUUAUUAAAUUAUUGUGUGGUUUAAAAAAUUCUUCAUGGUUUUUUUUUUAGGUUGGUCGGGGGAUGGGGUGGUUAGAGGGAGGGGAUUGGACUGCUUAUGAACAAAAAUAUCCUCUAAACAGAGUUGUUUCCCUUGGAUUUUGUAUUUAAUUUAUUCGUCCUUUGGUCGAUAUGCAAUAUUUAAUGUACAGAAUAAGCUUACCUAUAUUUAUGUAAUACUUCAAAAGUAUUCUUUUAAAUUGCUUGCCAUGUGUUUUUCAAGGGUUCUUUGAAAUCCAUUUAAUAUAAUUCCAUUGACGCAUCUAUUAUAUGUGUGUAAUAUACUACUUUUUGAGAGGGUUUAAUGUCCUCUAAUUUCUCAUGUAUAUAGUUCAGUGCUUAAAUGCGUACAUACCUGUAGGGUAAAAUGUCCCAUGUUAAACCUGGCAGCAAUUUAUUAAUUAAAGCUCGAGUUAACGUAAUUUUUGAUCGCUUCUUAAUAAUCAUUAUUUGACAACUACCAAACAAAUUCAAAAACAAAUUCAAUGCAAAUCAAUCAGUCUGUUUGUACAGUAUAUUGACCCUUCUUUAACUGAAAUUGAUUUUUUAUUUAAGAAUUGAGUUUAGAAGCUCAUUAAAAAUAAAUAAGUUAUAAAUGAUGGCUCAAUACUUUAAUUCUUGAAUGAAUGUAUGUAAUGUAACAACAAACACCUCUAUAGAGCCCCUGAAAUCCAAUAGAAUGUGCUGCCCGUCUGGACAAUUAUGUUUCACACUUUAGUAAUAACACAUAAAACAAACGGCAACAAAAACAAAAUUAGAUAUGCAACCUAUUCAAAACAGUUCAAGGAUGUCAAUGUGCUGCAGAUUUCAUAUAACAGACUGGAAUAUACUAAAAUCCAUCAAAUACAUAUUGUAGCAUUAAUGAUGUAAUUGAUACAAUACAUAUACAUGUAAUUACAAACAUCAAUUUACAGAAAUUCUGCCUAAAUACAAAUGCUUAAAUAUCUCUAAUUAUUUUCACGAAAGGGCUUAAUUUGGCCUGUAAAAAAACAUCUCUUUGGACACAUUUGGCAGGGCUGCAGACCUCAAUUUUCUGCCUGAUGCUCUAUUGUUUACAAAGCAUUAAAGUUGAGAAAUUCAAAAUCCUUAAAUUAUGGAUUUAUCUGGAAUAAGAGAGCCACAUAUGGUCCUUAGUGAUUACCACCACAAAAUGGGGUGGAAUUUUGUAUUGUAUUUCAAGAUUUAAUAUAUGUAAGUAUUGGUACAUCUAUUUUGAUAAUUAUACAUGUAUGGUAUUCUGUGGUUUUAUAACUUUUCAUUUUAUGUAUAAGACAUUUUGUUUUAAACUGAGAUGUUCAAGUUCAUCCGUUAUCGGCCAAUAAUUUUGUAAAUCUUUAUGAAUGGAAUUUCACAAUUUCUCUUUUUGUAUUUUGAGGAUUUGCACCUUAUUGGUAAACCUUUCCUUCAAAAUUGACAGUUGUUAAGAACUUCAAAUAACUAUAUACAAUCUUGCUGAAUAUAAGGGUAAGCACAUUAAUCCAACAGACUAAAGCGCUUACGGUUAUCUCAUAUCCAUAAGAGGAAUAUUUAAUAUAUUGAUAAACACUAAUUGGCAAUCAAGCCCACUUGUCAAUUGGAAUAAAUUUAUACAGCUUUUUUUUUAACAAUCUAAUAUAGAUAUAUGUUUGAUACUCUGCUUUAAAUAAUCCUGUAUUUUGCAGCUUUUUUUUUAUUGUUUAUGAUAUAUGUACUCAUUGUCAUUUAUAUUUCAUUUACUUGUAUCAAAAUACAAUCGUUAGUUCUCAGUGUAACUGGGUGUUAUUUAUAUUCAAGUAUAUCAUUCAACACUUCAUUUUAAAUUGAAUGAUCAAAUUUAAAGGCUUGAUGCAUCAUUUAGCUCUAUAGGAAUCCCUUGCAAACUACAAUAUUGUGAAAGCUUAGUCUCUAAUAGGAAUAACAGCCCAAAUAUCGGUUCCAUUCCGUUCAGUAUUUACAAAGUUAUGAUAAAUGGAAGUUUCAUUGAUUUAUGCUGCUCAAGCAUAACAAGAUGCCACCAUCUUUUUUUGGUAGCGGGGAAACCUGAUGGGCCUAGUUUAGACCCAAUUGAAUCCAAGUCAUGACAUUAACUAGCAUUGGUAUUUCUUAAUUAAAGUUAAAUAAUCAGUCUGAGUACAUAUUUAAUGUGUAUUAAGGCCAUGAGAAAAUUGUUAUUUUAGCAAAAAUGUCGGAUCAAGCCUUUAAACCAUAAUGAAUUGAUUAAAAUUCUGGAAAGAAAAAUGUCGCGAACGUGCUUAUGUAUUAACCUAAGUUUAAAAUUUGUUAAUCUAGAAAUUUUUUAAAAAUAUGAUGUAUAUAUAUAUAUAUAUUAAUUCAGAAUGGAUGUUUUUAUGAGAAAUUUGAUGCUGUGUAUGCGAUUCUUAAAAUUGGCCCCUGCUUUGUGGAAUAUUUAUUUCUCUUUCUGUCCUAAUAUGGUGCUAUAUUUUUUUAAGUAAAGGUAAGCAUCAUCCUUUAUCACUUCAUUCCAUAUUUGUUCAUUGUCAUAUUGUCUUGUUAACUACAGUGUUUUUGCGAAAUUUGGAUUGCUAUAGAUAUAUAUAGUUGUAUGGAUUGCUGUAUCAGCCAAAAUAGUUAUAUUGUUAUUUAAGGAUAAAUAAGGAUCAGCAACACCACUCCAUGAGUUUUAAAAAGAUAAGUCAAACCAAUUAGAUCUGAGUAACUACUAGAUCAUAAAAUGGUGUAGGUGGAGAGAAAACGCCCCAGAUAUGAAGUGUUGUCCCUGCUAAAUAGAAAUACAGCAGACUUACUUGACUUUUUAGAUCUUACGACUCUUUAUGAAUUUGUUAAUGGAUCAUACAAGGAAUAAAACAGGAUGUUGUAAUAUUAACAAAAAUCUCAUGUAAUAUGUAAUAAACACUUCUUUUAUUUCAACAUCUCAAGACCAGAAACAUCAUGUAAUAAACUCCUGUCUGAUGUACAUGUACUUCUGUGCAUUGGGGACUAAAUUAUGUUUUAAAUAUCCUUAUAAAAAUGUAGGUUUCACAAAAAUGCCUUCAUAUAAAAUAAUUAUAAUUCUUUUAUUUACAUGCAUGUACUUGAGAGAUUUAAUUAUAGACAUAUUCUAGAAACUGGUAGUUCAUAGCUACAAUAUGUUACAUGUGAAUUGUUAUCACAAGUAAUUGCUCAGUACUGCUGAAAACUACUACAAACAUCUUGUAAAUUGUCCCAAACAUUUAGAUCUAAUGUGGUAAUGGUGUCUGGUCAUGAAUACCAAAAUCAUCACUUCACAAUUAUUGUAAGUAAGAAAUGGUGUUAAAUAUGGGAUAGCAUAUUUCUAAAUACAAUAUAGACCUCAUGGUAGAACUCAUUGGCUACAGUGGGGUGGUGUGUCCAGUCCUACGAACAAAUAUAGAUUCCCAUAGGCAUUAUAUUGAUGCCCUUGAUUAUAACAUGCACAGAUCUUGCAGGGUUAUAGAGAAGGGUGUUUGUUAGAUGCACAUGCAUUUUUGUAAAUUGAUAAAAAUAAACAAACACACAAUAAAUGUUUUUGUGUGUGUUUUUUUGUGUAGAAACUUAUAUUAAUCUUGUAUUGUAUGAAUCACACUUAUAUUUACUGUACUGUGUACAUUUAUUAUUGUAAGAUUUUAUUUAAUGAUUAUUAAGUAUUCUUUGUGUAUGAUGGUUAUACUAUGGAAUUGUGUUUUUAUUAUUAUGCUUUAAAAAGUAGUGUUGUAUAGUGUUUAAUUUUAUUUAAUUUAGUUAGUUAUAAAAAGAUAAUGGGUUUUUAAGCUAUUCAUUUGUUUAUUAAUACAAUAGGAUCUUUUGGUUAAUAGGCUAUGGCAAUAUUUAUGCUCAAACUAAGAAUUAUAACUUCAAGAGACAGUCCCUCCAGCUAUAAUCUGAAGUAAAAUGGAUAAUGAAUUUACAACUAAUAUAUUAAUUGGAUUGCAUCUGUAAAUAUAAAAUAAUGUCCCUGAGAAUACUUUUAAUGUAUUUGUAAAUAGUCACUCUUUAAUUGCAAAAUAGUUGCUAUCGACAGGUCACAUCUUUAAACAUAUUUUGAUAUUGUGAGUAUUUGAGAGGCUGUCACUUUGAGAAGAAAACUGCUGAACAGUUUCAUUGUUUCUUUUAGACAAUCAUUCGGCAUUGUCAUCAGGUAACAACAUGCAAUUCUUAUCCAUAAUCUGUGUGAUAAAUAAAACAGUUUGAAUGUAUUAGAUUAUUAUUGUUAGUGGAGAACAAGAACAAAGGGAUAAAAAAAUCCAUGCUAGUAACUGAUUGUAGGUACUCAUUAAAAGUAUUUAUAUAACAUUAAUGACUAUUCUUUACUGGAGGAGAUACUAUUUUUAGUACAUUAAUGCUAUAUUUCAACCAAAAAUCCUAAACUCAUACUUGUCUUUAUAUUUUUUUUUUAUACUGUUGCUCAUUUAUUUAUUUUAUUAUUGGGGAUAUUAACAGAUGAGUAAUGUUUUCAGUUCAACACAAGUGAUAUUUCAAGAACAUUGACCUGUUUGCCAAAUUUGUUGGACUGACCUUCAGUAUUUCAUACUAGUCACAUUUAUAGAAUAUAAGAUCCAACCACAAUGAAUUAACAUCUAACUAAAUUUUCAAAAUAUAUUAAUUGAUAUGUACUAGAAAUGUGUUGCUUAUUUUCUAUUAAUAAACUGUGAUGAGUAUAACUCAAGGAUCACACUUCCACUGUUGAUCAUCAUACAGUGUAUAGAUGACAUUGGAGAUCAAUGUCCUUCAUGAUAUGAACUGUUCAAUAUAUAUGCAUAUCAUUUACAUUUUUUCAACCCACACGAAAACUACCCUAUAACUUUAUAUUGUAAUCAUUAAUAUCAGUAUAUAAGCUUGUAUCAUCUAGUCAUCAUUAUGUCUUUCUGUUGUAGUUUUGUCUUUGUAAUAACGAUGGUGGUUCUUAUAUAAUCGUAGUGCUAAUAUUAGCCCCCUGUAGUAACAUCAUUGUUCAGCACGUUGUAGUUUAAGUAAUGCUAGCAGUUCAAAUAAAUCUAUUUUAUUUAUGC